CUGUAACUGUGAGCAACAGGAAAAUGUUCUAGUCUAAUAUUAGUUUAUUGACAAUAAAUUAUAAUUGAAAGUUAUGUCUAUCUCAGCGUGAACAUAGAAUCAAAUCAGAUAUAUAGAUACUCGUUGGUCAACGGACACAUACCUCUUGGGGUUAAAGUUCGGGGUUCAUCAGCAAACACUUUUUAAGUGCGUCAGGAUAUGUAUGUGCUUAUUUGCUCUCGUGGUCAGCUUAACAAGGAAUUUUACCUAUUUAAUUCACUGACCUUGCUUCAAAUUAGUUACCAAAACAGAAUGAUGGGUACAUCUACAUUUCAGAGAAUAUCAAAGGAUUUGUGAACGAAACCUUGUCGUUUAAGAUACAUAGAGAGUUGUACAUGUACUGAGGACGGAUCAGUGUAAGGAGUGAUAUGUCUUUAAUGUAACAAACCAUCUUUAUUAUACUUGUCCUGUUGAAUAACAACAGCUAACUAACUAUGUAGUUCGGUUUUUUAUAACACAAUACCGCGCUGACCACUGCUGCAAUCUCAAGGUCGAAAGCCUAUUGUCAUUACUGACGUUUGCUAGCCAGGUAGUGAAUGCACUGUUAAUGGUGACCAUGUCAGUUUUAUUAGCUAGCCAGCUGUACUGUGGUUGUAUCUAACCUGUGCGAACGUUAGGUAGCCUAGCUUUCAGUGUAAUGGCAGCUCUGCGACGUGCCAGUUCUUGUAGAAAUUACAAGACCAUAAUAUGGACCGUGUCGGGACGCAACAACUGUCAAUUUGUCAACAAGCGUCCAAACAACGAUGGCGCCAAACUGCAGCAAUGGACAUGUAUGAACUGUAAAAUAUUAUCAUGCUCACUUCGUCCAUUUGUGACUCAACCACAUAAUGGCCUCAACCCUGGACUCAUUCAGCAACUGCUACACAGACCCAUGAGUCCCAGAUUGACUGCAAUAAGUAAGCUACUGAUCAAGAACAGCUUGUUCAAAAACCCUGUUGGCCUGUGGAAUAUUUUAGGUUCCACAAAUUAUUUCAGCACAUCUCAGUCUAAACAACAAGAUCAAAAGAACAGUGAUGGACCCAAGGGAAAAACUCCAGAGGAAGAUGAAGAGGAGAAGAAGCGGCGGGAGCAAGAGGAUCAGAUGUACAGGGAACGUCUGCGCACUCUCUUCAUCAUCGCCCUGGUCAUGAGCCUCCUCAACUCCAUCAAUACCAGCGGGGGAAACAUCUCCUGGAAUGACUUUGUCAAUGAGAUGCUGGCCAAGGGUGAGGURUCUCGUGUGCAGGUGGUCCCGGAGAGUGACAUUGUGGAAAUCUACCUCCACCCUGGAGCAGUCAUCUUCGGAAGGCCUAGGCUGGCUCUGAUGUACCGUAUGCAGGUGGCCAACAUUGACAAAUUUGAGGAGAAGCUCAGAGCUGCAGAAGAGGAGCUGAACAUUGACGCCAAGGACAGGAUACCAGUCUCCUACAAGCGCACUGGCUUCUUUGGAAAUGCACUUUAUGCUCUUGGAAUGGCUGCCAUUGGGGUGGCAAUCCUGUGGUAUAUUUUCCGACUGGCUGGCAUGGGUGGAAAAGAGGGCGGCUUCAGUGCAUUUAACCAGCUGAAAAUGGCCAAGUUCACUAUCGUGGAUGGCAAGUCUGGGAAGGGUGUGAGUUUCAAAGAUGUGGCGGGCAUGCACGAGGCAAAGAUGGAGGUGAAGGAGUUUGUUGACUAUUUGAAGGUAAGAAUGGGCACUACUGACCAUGUGAUWGUCCUGGCCUCCACAAACCGGGCGGACAUUUUGGACAAUGCKCUCAUGAGACCAGGKAGACUGGACAGGCACAUAUUUAUYGACUUCCCCACUCUGCAGGAGAGGAAGGAGAUCUACGAGCAGCACCUGAAGAUACUCAAGCUCACCCACCCASCCAGCAGCUAUUCCCUGCGUCUGGCAGAGCUCACCCCAGGGUUCAGUGGGGCAGACAUUGCUAAUAUCUGUAACGAAGCAGCCUUGCACGCUGCCAGGGAAGGCUACAAGUCCAUCGACACCUUCAACUUUGAGUACGCUGUGGAGAGAGUCCUAGCCGGAAGUGUGAAGAAAAGUAAGAUCCUGUCCAAAGAGGAGCAGAGGAUUGUAGCGUUCCAUGAGUCUGGCCAUGCCCUGGUUGGAUGGCUGUUAGAGCACACAGAGGCACUCAUGAAGGUGUCCAUUGCCCCCAGGACCAACGCUGCCCUCGGCUUUGCCCAGAUCCUGCCCAGAGACCAGUACCUGUUCUCCAAAGAACAGCUGUUUGAGAGGAUGUGUAUGGCUCUAGGAGGAAGAGCCUCGGAGGCCAUCACCUUCAACAAGGUCACCACAGGUGCCCAGGAUGACCUGCGGAAGGUGACUCGUGUGGCCUACUCCAUGGUGAAGCAGUAUGGCAUGUCCUCCAGUGUGGGUCAGGUGUCCUUCCCCGAGACGGUGGAGCAGGGGGCUGUCGGACGCAGGCCCUUCAGUCAGGGCCUCCAGCAGCAGAUGGACCACGAAGCUAAGCUGUUGAUAGCACGUGCCUACAGACAGACCGAGAAACUGCUUCUGGAUAACAGAGACAAGCUGAUAAUGUUGGCUAAUGCUCUUCUGGAGCGGGAAGUGGUGAACUAUGAGGACAUCGAGGCUCUGCUGGGACCCCCUCCCCACGGGCCCAAGAAGAUGAUUGCCCCUCAGAGCUGGAUCGAAGCGGAGAAGGACAAGCAGGACACAGGGGAGGAUGAUGAGCCACGCCCACCUCCUCGUAGGAAGGACGAUAAUGAUGAACAUCUGAACCUGAGGCCUGUAUGACCCGGUCRGUCUCAACACUCCUCUGCAGGAAUCUGUACACACACUCCUCCAGCAAUAUAAUGUAGGAGGACGAGAGCACCUCUCUGUGGGGCUGCGAGUUUCCAGUACACAAAUCACUAUAAACAGUUAAGUGCCACCUCACCUGCUUUUCCUGGUGGAUAUCAGUUCAGUUUGUUGAUCAAUGUCCAUCCACUACAGUGAGGUGUAACUAGACGAGGUGUAUCUGUUAGUGGUGAGGAACAGUGUAGUCAUAGACCUUUUAGGACCAAGGUUCCUCUUUCACUUCCUUAGAGGGAACAUUUGGUGGCCCUUUUUUAUAUUUUCAGAGUAUUUCAACAAUACUCUGGGUAAGUGGCACUGAAAAGGAUGCUUCUGUUUGACGCAUGGUCUGGGUCAGCCUUAGCAUGGCAUAAAUGGUGUACCAAUAAAGGUUGCUCAUUGCUGCAGUGGAUAUGCAGUUCAUUGUAUUAUGGGCAGAAUCCUACCUUGAGUUGUAAAACUGCGCUCCAAAAUCCCUGUGAUGCUCAGGGGUGUUUAAAUAAAGCUUUAUUUCAACUGUC